AAGUAGAACGUUUCUUGCAAUCUUUCUAGUCGUUUAAACAGCGUUCAAAAGCGCGAAGGAAGGACAAGGAAAAGGUAAAAGUAAAGGUAAAGAUAACAGAAAAGGAAAAGGAAAAGGAAAAAGGGGGAAGUGCGAGAAGCGAAAGAACGGUUAGGGUAAAUGGAAAGCAUCGAUACAAUAUGUGUUUUACGAUGUUUUAGAGAAGUAUGUAUCGGUGAUUAUAAAAUACAUUGUCUACGAGGUUGAUUAAUAUUUCGGUAAAUAGGUUUUCCUCGAAAACGUAUGACUGCUUGUAUUUUUUCGAAAUGUUUGAGGGCUUUGAUCGGGUUGGGUUAGGUCGAUUCGAGUCGAGUCGAGUCGGGUCGAUAUGGAGUUGGCGCAUGCGUCGAUAGAUCGCGGUAUAGGACGCUCCCUUUAGCAUUUAUGGUACUGGGAAACUUCUCACAGGGGCUACGAGUGUGACCUCAGAAAGGAAGAAAAUAUGUUCGAGCUGUACGGAAUGGAUAAAGACGGCAUGGUUUACCGAUCUCCACCGCCGAGGAGAAAAGAAGUCGAUAUAUUAGAGACUUGUUUGCAACUAUCUUCACCAGAAUUAAUGAGAAAAUUGCCUAAUGGUGAUGCGAUACACCACGCAAAGGAAACAGGCGUUUCUACCUCUUUGGAUAAAGAUAAAGAUAAGGAUAAAGAUCCACCCCGAGAAAGCGGAAGGAGUAUGCUGAGGAAGUGGAUCGUGAUGACAGGUUUCCUUUUCCUCGGAUGUGCCUUGGUCGCCGGUGUAGGAUUACCACUAGCUUUAGAGUUGCGCAGCUCGCAUUUACUGGAGGCUAGACUUCAAGUUGUACGACGAAUGCUGUCCGAAAUUCCUCUGAUCGACGGGCACAACGAUUUCGCUUGGAACCUUCGAAAACACCGAGGAAGCACGAAAUUGAGAGACUUUCCAUUCGACGAGAAUUUGUCGCGAAACGCGAGCUGGGGUUCACAGUGGCAAACCGAUUUGGUACGAUUACGCCAGGGUAUCGUCGGUGGACAAUUCUGGUCGGUUUACGUGCCCUGCGAGGCACAAUUUCUCGAUGCGGUACAACUUACCCUGGAACAGAUAGACGUGGUGCGUAGGCUCACGUCGAGAUACCCGAAGAGAACGAGGCUGGUGACUUCGAGCAAAGAGCUCGAAAAAGCGCACAAGGACGGAGUGAUCGGGAGUUUGGUGGGAAUCGAGGGUGGCCACAGUAUCGGUACUUCGAUGGCAGUAUUGAGGAGUUUUCAUCGACUCGGAGCGCGAUACAUGACUCUCACGCACAAAUGUAACACACCAUGGGCUGAUUCGUGUUCAGUGGAGGAUUCGAGUUCGGACGCGUCGUUAGAUUUUCACAGCGGCGGACUGUCGAUGUUCGGUAAAGCGGUGGUGAAGGAAUUGAAUCGAUUAGGAAUGUUGGUCGAUUUGUCACACGUAUCGAUAAGGACCAUGAGAGACGCGUUGGCGGUAACGAAAGCACCGGUGAUAUUCUCUCACAGUGCGGCUCGAGCGCUUUGCAAUUCGUCCAGCAACGUUCCGGACGAUGUGCUGCGUAAUUUGGCUGUGAACGGUGGUUUAGUUAUGGUCAGCUUCGACAGCGCGCAUUUAAGCUGCGGCGAUAAAGCUUCCAUGUACGACAUUAUAGCUCAUAUCAAUCAUAUACGGCGAAUAGCUGGCGUUAACCACGUGGGUCUUGGAGCCGGUUACGAUGGAAUAUUAAGUCCGCCGGUGGAACUUCCGGACGUGUCAGGUUAUCCCCUGCUGCUGGCUGAACUGACGCGAGAUCGAAGAUGGUCGGCCUCUGAUAUCAAAAAAUUGGUCGGUGGAAAUCUGUUAAGGGUGUUGAAAGAAGCGGAAAAUCAUGCGAUAACGGUAUCGCAUCUGUCUCCGGCGGAAGAACUGAUUCCUCAACAGUUAAUCGAGGAAAGCGCGUACUGUAGAUAUCACGACGCGUAAAUCCGAUGCGUUUUUAUUUCGAUUUCCGAUGUCUCGAACGUCGAACCUCGAAUCACGCGUUUCGCACAGUUUCGUACCGUUUUGUCUUUGUACCUGGAUUACUCUGUUUUUGCAUUUUUAAUAAACGAGUCUUAUAGAUUC